AAAACUGAAACACGCCUAUUUAAUUAAAUGCCUAUUCGCAUAUAUUUCUCUUGCCGAAGCAGUUGACACGCUACGCCAGCUCGUUGUCGAUUAAUCAUCGCACAAUCUUAUCAACCGCACCACAUCUCUGAUCGACGAUCUUCUUCCGCCAAUUGUCCGGUGCACUGUAGUAACCAGAUAAGAUACACCGGGAAUCGAGAUAUAAAUCCAUGUAAUAACAAUCACCGGUGGUUGCACCGGUGGAUUAAGGUAUAUCAUCGGACAGCAAGCAAUCGGAUCGAAUCAGUUGUUUUGUGACCGUCUUAACAUUGGGUGAUAAAAUAUGGCGUUCCGUGUGCGAAUAUUUACGAUUUUAUUGGUGGCUUUGCUUGGUUGCGCUGCAGCUACCGGCAGUGUUGAUAAGCGAGCGCAACAGCGCAUCAUUGGUGGUGUGCGAGCAUUACCUGGUGAGUUCCCGGCGAUGGUAUCGAUCCAACGGUUAAUUCUCAUCAGUGCCAGCCAUGUGUGCGGUGGAACCGUCCUGAACCAGUUCCAUGUGCUGACCGCGGCCCAAUGUUUCUUCAGCAACCAAAACAGUCGCUACCGAGUGCAAGCCGGCAAGGUGUUGCUGAACAGCUUCGAACCUACCGAACAGACGAUCAACGUGCUGCGGUUCACGAUGCACCCACAGUACGAUGGUACCGCCAGCCCGUUUGACAUUGCGACCGUACGGUUGGCAUCACCAUUCGGUUAUAAUCAGUACAUACAGCCGAUCGUUUUGCCACCGAUCGAUUCCAUCCCGGAUGGUAUCGUAAAGUUUGCUGGCUGGGGAUCUACCUCGAACGGACUGCUACCGAGCAUGUCGGAUCAGCUGCAAAUGUUCCAGGUUGGUGUCGUACCGAACGAUCACUGUCAGAUCAUGAUGGGUGGUAUGAUCGGUACCGGUCCAGUUACGGAGCGUAAUGUUUGUUUGGGGCCGGCGACCGGUGGAAUUGGUGCAUGUACCGGUGAUGCAGGUGGUGCGGCCAUACAGCACAUAAGCGGCUUUGAUACGAUCGUCGGUGUCAUCUCGUGGCAGGGAUCACCGUGUGGGCAACCUGGUAUUCCCACCUUCACGACACGUGUAUCGGCAUUCAUCGAAUGGAUUAAUCUGAACUCACAGAUUUAAAUCAUGUAGCACACACACACGCACGCAGAGUUUGAUUUUGUUUCCAAUUAUCAGAAUAGAUAUUUUUUAUUAGUCGUAUUAAAAUAAAAACACAUUAAAACA